AUGGCCUCCACCCGCGUGCUCGCCUCGAGAUUGGCGUCUCAGAUGGCCACCAAGGCUGCUCGCCCGGCCGCCCGCGUCACUCUUGCCAACACCAGCAAACGGACCAUCUCCGUCGCCAGCAAGUCGUCGCCCCUCCAGGCCGUCAAGCGCCAGCAGAUGUCCUCCAUCAUCAACGCCACUACCCGCCAGGCCUUCACCGUCCAGCGCCGUGCGUACUCUUCUGAGAUCGCUCAGGCCAUGGUCGAGGUGUCCAAGAACCUGGGUAUGGGUGCUGCCGCGAUCGGUCUGACUGGUGCCGGUAUCGGUAUCGGUCUCGUUUUCGCCGCCCUCCUUAACGGUGUCGCCCGCAACCCCGCCCUCCGUGGCCAGCUUUUCUCGUACGCCAUUCUGGGUUUCGCUUUCGUCGAGGCCAUCGGUCUUUUCGACCUGAUGGUUGCCCUCAUGGCCAAGUUCACCUAA